UCUGUCAUUACCAACACCUUAAUAAUAAUGAGUGCUAGUCUACACACUGCACUCUCAGCUCUGCAGCGCUGGCGUUACCAGCACCUUAACAAUGAGAACCAUUGCACUGCCUUUGUGUUGCCACUGUCUGUCUGUCUGCAUUGCCACUGAAGAUCAUUUGGGAAGGGAAGGCUCAUGCCUGCCUCAUUGCAUUGUGGCUGUCCUUCUGCUUCCUAUGAUGCAGAACCCCUGACCCCCCCCCUUCGUUAAGUGCAUGCAGAAUGUCCUACAGCAUCUCGCACAGCCUCUGAUCGUCUCCCUUGACAACCUGAAUAAAAAAAAAAUAGGUGUUAAUGACGGACUGCUGGGCACCACCCCUGUUUAUGAAGUCCCGUCCAAUCGGCUGCAAGGGGAGGGGCAGGUGUGAGAAAAACAACAGGCAAGCUCUGAUUGGCUGCGAGAGCUGCUUGGAUUGUAUUAGCUGCUGGAUGACAGAUGGUGGGUAGGAGCCAGGAAUAAUAGACUUGGAUUCAGCUACAGAAUCUAGAAUACAAUCUGCCUGCUGUCUUUAUUUAUCAAAUAAAGCAAGCAAAAGGUUCGGGAGACUCCAUUGAAAUGCUUUUUGAAACUGGUUUGAAACUGGGCUUGCAGAACACAGUUGGGAAGAGGCUGCACUGCAGCCAGGAGACCUACAAACCCUCAGGAUUGUCAAUCAGGGUGCACCACAAUGCGUUGCAGUGGCGUGUUGGCUCUCAGCUGGGCCUCUCUGUUGCUCCUGGCAACGCUCACCCCUGUGGUCCAAUCGCGAGGUGGCAGGGGCGGGUCCAGAGGAGGCGGGCUGAGAGGCCGAUUCGGGGGCGGAUCCAAGCCCAAGGCCCCGCCCCCAGGGGGAGAGCACAUAAACCGCGGCUCGUCCAACCAGGGCAUGAAGAUGGCGGGCGCGGCGGCGGUGGGGGCAGUGGCCGGGGCGGCAGUGGGGUACGGGCUGGGCUCCAUGGGGAGACCACGCUUUCACCAGAGGUACGGAGACGACUUCUCGGAGGAGGAUCAGCGCGGUUACUACCCCGACCCCAUGAACGGAAACCGCUCCAUGAUGCUGUAUGAAGAUCAGUACCGCAACGAGGCCGGACAGCACACUGCCAGCGUGAGCAGCCUGCUGGGAUCCCUCGCCCUGGUGCUGCUCGGGACCUGGAUGAAGGCUUGAGGGGCUCAAUGCAAUUAUAGCCAGGUUAUAUUAGACAUGCCAGGGUUGGAAAUAAGACUCCCUAUUGCAUAGCAGUUUCGCUCAUUCCAGACUGGGUCAAAGUGCUAAGCAAUGGGAGUCUUAUUAAACCCAUAGUAAAACCGGGAAUGGAUCAAACUGCUAUGCAACAGGAGUCUUAUUUCCAUCUCUGCAUGAUCUUCUGUUCAGGAGAUCCCCAUCCUCUGUGUGUGUGUGUGUUAUUGUGCUGUGUUGUGUGGAUAGCGCAGCUUGUCAGCAAGCAGCUUCUAUCAUUUCUUUUUGUAGUUGUACGCAGGCUUGCAUUGUAAGCACCCAAAAACAAAAAAUAAGCUUGUAAAUUAGGCUAGUUUUGAUGGUCUAACUAAUUAAAAAUGUUCUUUACAGAUGCAGCUAAUGGAAAGGAGGAAGGGGAAUGGAUGUUGGUUUUAUGCUCACAUGGGUUGCCCAGUCUUUAUCAGGUUUCUAAAUAUAGCAGCUGAAACCAGUAUGAAUCCAGUAUCAAUUAAGGGCCUUUGGAGAUCUUGCCUCUUAAAGACAGAAAAUAAGAUGCGAUUAAAGGGAUUCUCACUGUACACAGUAGUAUCUCUAGAAUUUUUUUUUUUCAUUAACCCAGAAGUAAAAAUAAGACUUCAAAUUGAAAGAAGAAAAAUUAAUAUGAAUACAAGAGUGUGGUUUGGGGUGAUCCAUGUUACUGAGAGUAACAUUCUUUGUGAGAUGAUUUCUUUCUUCAUUCUUUCCUUUCUGUCGGACCGCACCGAAUCGACUCUUGAUCAUUGCUGUGUUUGCUCUCUGUUUAGUUGGACAGUGCAGUCCCUGUGGUUGCAGCUCUGUUUGUGUUAAAGUGAGUUUUGCACAGAGUAAAAAAAAAAAAAAAAAAAGGUCAGAAAGCCACUCGAGGGACACAUUUCCAUCUGCAACACGAAACCAGUCUGUUAAACUCGUCUCGAUCCCAGUAUCAAACCGGGGCUGCAGCCGGUUCUAUCUGCGGGCUGCAAUCUACAAUCCGAUCUGCAGCCAGAAAGGACACUGAAGUCAAGGAUUGCCUGUAUGUGUCACUAGUUUUGGUGCCACACUACAGUAUUUUUUCUAACACAGGAGCUUGUUAAA